ACUCUUCUAUAGCCACCACCACCAACUAACCCUUUCUUCACUUCUCACCCUUUUGCGCCUCCCAUUCAUUCAUUCAUUCAUUCAUUUGUUCAAUCUAUAUAUAUUAUUUUUCUUCUUUUUUGUUAAAGAACACAAGCUAAGUUCCAAAGCCUUUAACAUGAUCAGGGGUGAACCAUUAUCACUCUCUUGCCUUCUCAGCUUUUGUUCAAUAUUGUUGUUGCUAUUGAACAGCAUUAUUAACGUUGCUGGGGAAGACCCUUAUAGGUUCUUUGAUUGGACCAUUACCUAUGGUGACAUUUAUCCCCUUGGAGUUAAACAAAAGGGCAUUUUGAUCAAUGGACAAUUUCCAGGGCCUGAAAUCUACUCUGUUACGAAUGACAAUUUGAUCAUCAAUGUUCACAAUAACUUGCCGGAGCCGUUUCUUCUAACAUGGAGUGGUGUUCAAGAAAGGAGAAACUCUUACCAAGACGGAGUAUAUGGAACAACAUGCCCAAUUCCACCUGGGAAAAAUUACACAUACACCCUUCAAGUGAAAGACCAAAUUGGAAGCUUCUUCUAUUUCCCAUCACUUGCUUUCCACAAAGCUGCUGGUGGCUUUGGCUCCCUUAAGAUCCUCAGCAGGCCUUUGAUUCCUGUCCCAUUCCCUCCCCCUGCUGAUGAUUUCUCUCUUCUCAUUGGAGAUUGGUACAGCAUUGACAACAAUAGGCUCAAGGCUGUUCUUGAUUAUGGACACAAACUUCCAUUCCCUCAUGCUGUUUUAAUCAAUGGUCGUCCAAAUGGAGCAACUUUCACCGUUGAACAAGGAAAAACAUAUAGGCUUAGGAUAUCAAAUGUUGGACUCCAGAACACACUGAACUUUAGGAUUGAAGGACACAGCAUGAAACUGGUGGAAGUUGAGGGAACUCACACAUUGCAGAGCACAUAUAGCUCAAUAGAUGUCCACGUGGGACAAUCUUAUUCGGUGCUGGUGACAGCAGAUCAAGCAGCCAAGGACUACUACAUUGCUGUCUCAACUCGUUUCACUUCUAAGGUCCUCACAGCAACCGCCGCCCUUCACUAUUCUAACUCCAACCAACCUCUUUCUGGUCCUCUUCCUCCUGCACCUACUCAACUUGAUUGGUCCAUUCAACAAGCUCGUUCAAUUAGGACAAACUUGACAGCAAGUGGACCAAGGCCAAAUCCACAAGGAUCGUAUCAUUAUGGUUUGAUAAACAUUAGCAGGACAAUAAUUUUGGAGAGCUCAGCAGCACAAGUUAAUGGCAAGCAGAGAUAUGCAGUGAACAGUGUGUCUUUUGUUCCAGGCGACACUCCAUUGAAGCUAGCAGAUUACUUCAACAUUGGUGGUGUCUUCCAAGUUGGGAGCAUCCCAGAUACUCCCUCACAUAAGCCAAUGUAUCUCGCCACCUCCGUCAUGGCCGCCGAUUUUCGAGCAUUCGUUGAGAUCGUCUUUCAAAACCACGAAAAUAUUGUCCAAAGUUGGCACAUUGAUGGAUACUCAUUUUGGGUUGUAGGAAUGGAUAGUGGUAUCUGGACGCCUGAUAGUCGUAAGGAGUACAACCUCGCCGAUGCUGUUUCGAGGUGCACAACACAGGUAUACCCUAGAUCAUGGACUGCGAUUUACAUGGCACUAGACAACGUUGGUAUGUGGAACAUAAGAAGUGAAUUUUGGGCACGACAAUACCUUGGACAACAAUUCUAUAUGAGAGUAUAUUCACCGGUGGAAUCUCCAAGAGAUGAAUAUCCACUUCCAAAGAAUGCUCUUCUUUGUGGCAGAGCUGUAGGCAGAACAUAAUUAUUUACUACCAUGGACUCGCUUGGUCUCAUUCUUUUGCAAAUUCAUCCAAGAUUCCUUUGUAUCAUUACCAUCAUAUUCAUAUAAUAUGUUUCCCGUAUUGGUUUAUAA